UCGGUCUCACCAGCACACGGCGUGACUCAUAUCGCGACGUCGAGAUAAAACGUACGUAAUACACACACGAUUCGGUGCUUAGUGAUUUUUUUUUUACGCGAAACGAGGAAUACCACGACACACACACACGACAAUGACUUCCGAUUCGACUCCGGGUCUUGCUAAAGGUUCUCGCUCGCAGUUGCUCGUGGCGGCGAUUCUCGUCGUCGCGUUGAGGACCGUCAGUUCGGCGCCGUCUUCGGAAUUGGAUCUGUUGCUGAACCCAUGUUACAACCACGUAGUGAGGCACCACCGUAGCCCGGCCGACAAGCAACUGAACAACCUCAACCAGAUACUGAGGACGCUGAACCUCACCAAACUGUAUCCGAAAAGUCUGAAACGAGUGUCGGGAAACUGCCCGAAGCUGAACCGAAUGAUGCAGCCGCUCCGAAAAGCCUCGGACUUAAAAACCGCCCAUCAGAGGUUCUACCACUCGAUGAUCGAGUUCUACUUCUUCCUCAACCAGCUGCGAGACUUGCCGAUCAAGACGAACGUCAACUUCGACUUCGAGAAGAGGCGGAGCUUCUUCGACCAAACGAAAAACAGCCUGCGGCUGACCAUAUGCGAGUUCAACGAAACUAUGAUGCACGAUCACGGCGUCGCGGUCCAGACGCUGACCAAGGCGCCGCGACUCAACACCAAGUGCCUGCCUCAAACGGCGGACCUUUCCAGGGCGCAGAUGCUCGACGUGCAGUUCUUCAAGAAGAUCCGCAAGUUCUUCAAGCAGAGCAAAGUGAUCUUGAAGAUGCUGAAGCGCAAGAAAAAGAGCAGGAGCAAAAAGCGAAAGACUGCGACGAGAUGAGUGCCUCGUGCGCUAUCGAAAUGAAACAAAAAUCCCAAGCCUGUGAUAUUUAGUGUAAAGUUUUUAAUUUAUUUAUUUAUUGUAUUUAUUGAGCGCGCCUGGUAAAUCGUACGGGGUGCGAUCGGGAAAAUUUCGAGCAAGCGCAAAUCUAAGCAUUCCAAAUAUUAGAUUAGGCGGAACGUUAGUGCCUUGGUGCCGGUGGAGGGGCGCCGGAAAUGCUGUAUUAUACUUGUGAUAUAUACUAGACUGUAGGUUUAUUUAUUUGUAAUUUAUUUUAGCUCGUAAGUGUCCUUCCGGAACCCGGUGCGUAAUUUUUUCCUAUAUAUGUAGAUCGGAGUUUUUCGACGCGAAAGUUGCUGACAGUAUUAUAUCGAAUUUGUAUUGAACUCCGUGUUCCGCAGG